CACCAGAGUGUGUGUGUGGCUGUAUUAAAGUAUCAUAUAACUACUGAAAGUCUCUCCAACCUCUCCAGUCCUCUCUCUACAUCUCGAGGCUCCUCCUGUUGCGCAGAAGCUGCUUCACUCAUUCCUGACUGGAGGUCCACGGAGCGCACUGGCUUCAGGAGUUACACCCAAACUUCACUUUUAAAGUCUGUGAUCACGGUGUUUUCACAGUUUGCAACACAAACUUUGUUCCGUUUUUUUUUUUAUUCUAGUUUUAAUUCAGCUGCGCCAAAGUUUCUGGACGUUGAAAUGGAAUAUGAGGAGUUCCCCAGAGAGAGGCUAUCCACACUUUGAGCUAUUACCCAGGCAGCUGCAGUGACUACUCCUCCCUUGGAUGAAGAUGGACCCCCCCGCCGUGUGCGUCCUCCAGACCCUGCUGGUGUUGAUGGUCUUGCCCCCUGUAGUCCCGAUUCCCUCCUGCCCCCGGCCCUGCUCCUGCCCCCAGCCCGCCGAGCUCCACUGCACCUUCCGCUCCCUCCUCACCAUCCCAGCUGCCGUGUCUAAACACGUGGAGCGCAUGAAUCUGGGGUUCAACAGCAUUAAUACGAUUACAGACCGAUCGCUGGCUGGUCUGAGGAAGCUGGAGCUGCUGAUGGUCCACGGGAACGACAUCCACAGUCUGCCCCAGGGAGUGUUCAGGGAUCUUACUUCACUACAGAUGCUGAAGAUGAGCUACAACAAGCUGAAGGAGAUCGACAGAGACACCCUUCAGGGGCUGUGGGCCUUGGCCAGGUUACACCUGGACCACAACCGACUGGAGUUCAUCCACCCUGACGCCUUCCAGGGCCUCACCUCCCUGCGCAUGCUGCAGCUGGAAGGCAACCGGCUUCAGCAGCUGCACCCGGCCUCCUUCGCCACCUUCACUCUGAUGGGCCACUUCCACGUCUCCACUCUGAGGCACCUCUAUCUGUCGGACAACGGGCUGACGUCGCUGCCCUCGGGGCUGGUGGCCGCCAUGCCUCAGCUGGAGAACCUGUACCUCCACGGGAACCCGUGGACAUGCGACUGCAACAUGAAGUGGCUCCGUGACUGGGAUAAAACCUCUCCAGGUGUCUUGAAGUGUAAAAAGGACAGAGCUCUUCCCGGAGGACAGCUGUGUCCCAUGUGCUCCUCCCCCAGGCACCUCCGGAAGGCGGAGCUCCAGGCUGCGGAGAACCUGGUCUGCAGCAGCCCCGUCAUCAGCUCUCCUCACAGGACACCCCCACCCGAUGACGUCCAGAGUGAGGUCAUGACCGCGGAGGACUUCGGCGAACCGUUUGGAAACAUCUCCCUGGGCCUGUCGGACGAGCAUGGGAAUCAGGUGGAUCUGGAGUGUGGUAUUGGCGAGCCAAGAGAGCUUACCAAGAUCAACUGGGAGCAGGUCGACCAGCUCCAGCUGGCCUCCAACAUCACUUUGUCGGUGGAUCUUGAAUGCCCUGUUGAUAGAGAAAAGUAUGAGCAACUGUGGAGGCUAAUCGCGUACUACAGCAGUGUGCCAGCCCACUUACAAAGGGGGACUAUGCUCAGAAAAGAGCCUCAUCCAACCUACGUGUACAGACAGGACUCAGAGAAGGAUGCCCAGUACUUCACAGGUGUUAAAGUUAAUAUCAUGGCCCAGCCGGAAUGGCUGAUGCAGACAUCUGCAGACCUUCAGCUGAACAGACUUAAGUCAUCAGCAAAGAUGGUAAAACUGACCCUGAGCACGGACUUCUCAGAGACGGUGGAGACGGAGCUUGUGCGGAGACAGAGGAGGACGUGGGUCAUGAUCGAGUCGACAAACGCAACGCGUAAAGCGCUGAGCGCUAUCCUGGGAAGUCCGAGUGAAAUGCACUGUAACGUGCUCAGUUCCGGCCAACCGGUCAUCCACUGGAUGCUGCCAGACGGCUCUAAGGUGGAGGCACCGCACAGCAGUCUAGACAAUAGGGUGUCUGUGUCGAGCGACGGGCGGCUGGUCAUUAAAGCUGUCAGCCACACAGACACUGGAAUUUACUACUGCAUUGCUAAGGUUCACGGAGACCUUGCUGUCAUGCCAUUCCAUCUGACGGUGCAGGAAUCCUCUAGCCCUCCCCCAGGGGAGGACGCCUCAAUCGCACCGAUCGAGGGAUUUGCAGGCAGCGCCAUUUCUCUGCCCUGCACGGCGUCCGGUUCUCCUGAUGCUGAAAUCAACUGGAUUCUACCAAACAGCAACAUCGUUAGUUUCCAAGCCAACUCCUCUAGAGCGUUGGUCUAUUCCAACGGCACGCUAUAUAUCCCACAACCUCAGUUACCGGACAGUGGUCAUUAUAAAUGCAUCGCCAUUAAUCAGCACGGCGUGGAUACGCUGGCCACGAAAGUCAAUUUCGCACGGCGCAAAGGGCUCAUAAGGCCUUUGAGGAAGUUUCCAGCAAGACCUCAGUCGGCGUCCGGGGUGAACACUCAGAUUAAAGUCCCCACAGAGGAUACGGAGGAGGCAUCAGGGGGCGGUGAGGUGACUCAGGUGGAGGCUCCGAUGAGAAGAAGAGUUCCAGGAGGCGUGGCCCCCGGAAGGAGGGGCGUCCAUCCGUCAAGGGGUGGUUGGCGGAGGCCGCCGGUGCUUCGAAAACCGACGGGAUCACGCGUUGAAGACAGGAAGAACACAGUGGAGGGCAGAAGGAAGAUUAAUGUGUCAAAGGGUAAAAUAGACCCAGAGAAAUGGGCGGAUAUUUUGGCUAAGAUUAGGGAUCGAAAUGCUCAGACUGCUGCGACACCGCUCCCAGUCCAGCACACAACGGAGAGGAUACUGACAGAGCAGACGACACAGUCACAAGAGACUAUAGAGGGAUCAUCAGACGGCACGACUUACUUCACAACUCCACACACGCAAUAUACACAAAUGAAUGAACACAAUACACAAGGCACUGAUGUGACAUCUGAUAGCUACACCCCACAUACUACACACGAUAUGACAUCAAACAGCAUACAUGUUGCAGCAGAGCCUACAUACAAUGUACAGCGCACAACCCAGGAUAUGGACUUGGAUAUACACACAACUUCAAACAGUGUAUUUUUCCUCCCACAGCAGCAGACCACAUCUGUUCCUCUACACGCUGUCACUUUCUGGCAGGCCAACACAAACACCGCAAGCAGCAGCACUACAUUUUCUCUACGAGAGAACCACAGCACAAAUACAGAUGUUGACGGAGUCAAAACAGCUGAUGUAUCCAAGGCAUCGGAGAGGAGCGAGGAUACGGACAGACCGAAUGUUGCUGCCAGCUCUAAUAAUGACAGAGAACUCUCUUCGAGGGGAAGUCAAAUUAUCCCUUCGGUCGACCCAAAUGAAUCGGAGACGAGCCAAGAGGAAAAUGGAAAAUAUCUCAGAGCGACUGCCUCGACUUUGCAGUCGCAGCCAGAAGACACAACACUUGAUUUGCGAUCUCAAGCAAUGCUCACAACAGUAUCUUCGACAACUACAAGACGGAGGGGGUCUGGAGGACGAUCGCCGUCACGGCAACCCAACUCCAGGAGGAGGAACGGGGGUCGUCGGAGAAAGACGAACAAAAGGAAACAAAAGCAGUUUAUGACCACAACACCUGCAGGUGCUCCCCUAGCAACAGUCAGGACCACCGCCUCCACACAGCUAAAAAUAGAACCAUUAGAAGUUACAACAGCCAAAUUCAAUACCACUGUUCCAUUCAGCGGCAGCCAAGCGGCGUCAUCAGGCAGACUGAGUCAUGAAGAAAGCACAGUCUCGGGGCAUGACGACGAGGCCGCCACCAAACUCUCCUCACUACCAACUUCUCCCUCGCAAACAAACCGCAGCCAUCCACCGCUGGCCAAACCACUGUUCGAAAGCACAUCACCAUCAUUUCCAACAGCCUCUCCAGAAGUGGGUCACGGAAAGACAAGUUCUCAAACAGCCUUGAGAAUCUCCGAGAGUGCGUCUGCUCCAGAGCGCCCGGAUGUGCUCACAUCAAUCACUCAGCAGGGGUUUACGGGCAGCCCUCUUCCACCUGUUCAACCCUCAGAGGAGACGCAACAGGCAAGCGUUACGGGAGACCUUGGACCGACACCACGCUCUGACAAUCCCUCUGGGGGUUUUCACACCGUAACACAAGAGCAAACAGAUGUCAGGCAGAAUCAGUCAAACCAUCAAUACACACCCACGGAAAAAGGCGAUGAGAUGGUUUUGAAAGAGACUGACUUGUCACCGCUGCCAUCCCCGCUCGCCUCAGCUGCUUCCUUGAUCGAGCAUGAAAUCAAAACGACCUCUGGAUACGCUUCAAUUGGCUUAAUUACGACACUGAGCAUGCUUUUUGAGGGCAGUUCGGACACAGAACUGGUCACCGCAACAGUACCUGAAAGACCCUAUCAUAGUUCAGAGGUAGAUCAGCAUCUUAAAGAAACUGCAAACACAGGAAAUUAUGCUCCUUUUAUCACCAUAACAACACCCCCCUCUGCUACUUCAUCGGGGCCCGAUACUGCGAUCCCAUCUACAGCGGCCCCACAUGUCACACUACCCAAAAUGUCUUCCACAGAGGCUGACACGGGCCCUUCAAUGAGGGCCACCACUCCGGAGGCUCCCGGGAUCAACGGCGUACCAGACAGCUACAGUCAAGGCCAACAAAUCCAACCCAUCAUCAUAACACCAGAGCCUAGGUCAACACCAGACUUCCAUCCUGCAACCCAGUCAACUGACCAAAAACUGUUCAUUAGUACAAAUCCAACUUCCCCAGCCCUCAAAUUGAGCAGCGGGCAGACGAUCAAGCCGACGGCCACCCCUGCCCCGACAAUCCAAACCACUCCAUCCAGAGAGGGACUUCCAACAAGCACCCAGGAUGUGUCCAGACAGCACCAGCUACCUGGACAGGGAUCUAUUCCAAGAGGGAAGCCAAGGAUAACUAAGAGCAACGUCCAGACUGUCACAGUGGAAGCUGAAACAGAUGCUCAGCUUCCCUGUGGGGCCGAGGGGGAGCCAAAGCCCUUCCUGUCGUGGACUAAAGUUGCCAGCGGGGCGAGUAUUGCUCAGAACACCAGGGUCCAGAGGUUUGAGGUCCAUCCCAAUGGUACAUUAAUCAUCAGGAACACACAGCCCAUGGACGGGGGCCAGUACCUUUGCACAGUCCAGAACCAGUAUGGCACAGACAAGAUGGCGGCCAACCUCGUGGUCCUGUCUCAGCGUCCGCGAGUCCUCCAACCUCGGCACAGAGACAUCGCCGUGCACCUCGGAGGCAAAGUCAGUUUGGAGUGUAACGUGGAGGGGCACCCUACGCCUCGAGUCACAUGGGUGCUCCCUAACCAUGUCCACGUGGCUGCCGCCCCACUUGGCGUUGCCACUCAGCAGCAUGUGGCCGUCUCCAGUAACGGAACCCUCCGGAUCAGCCAGGCCACGUACACAGACGGAGGGAUUUAUAAGUGCAUCGGCAGCAGCACGGCCGGAGCCGACGCAGUCACAGUCCGCCUGUAUGUCUCGGCGUUGCCGCCUGUGAUUCAGCAGACGCAGCAUGAGAACGCCACCCUCCCAGAGGGCGGCUCCGCCUACAUCCACUGCACCGCCACAGGUGCCCCUCAGCCAGUCAUCCGCUGGAUCACGCCCGAUGGCGUACAGCUCACCGCUUCUCAGUUUGUCACCGGACGCAACCUCAGCGUCUUCCCCAACGGGACCCUGCACAUACGGGGACUGGGUCUGGGGAACGCUGGGAGAUAUGAGUGCUCAGCAAGUAACGCAGUGGCGUCCAGCACGAGAACAGUGAUCUUGAGCGUAAGGAGGAAUCCGUCCUCCGCCAAGGCCAGCAUCACGUUGUCGUCCCCCCAGAGAACAGAUGUGAUCUACGGCGGGAGGCUGCUGCUCAACUGUGUGGCAACAGGAGGGCGGGUCAUCUGGAGGACACCCUCUAAGAAGCUGGUGGAUGCUCAGUACAGUUUUGACCCCAGGAUCAAGGUGUUCCCCAAUGGCACCAUAACCGUUCAUUCCGUGACCGACAAGGACAGCGGCGACUACCUGUGCGUGGCGCGCAACAAGAUGGGCGAUGACUACGUCGUGCUGCGGGUCGACGUGCUGACCAGGCCGGCCAAGAUCGAGCAGAAGCAGCAGAGGUCCAGUCAGGAGGUGGUGUACGGCGGGGACCUGAAGGUGGACUGCGUGGCCUCUGGUCUCCCCAACCCCGAGAUCAGCUGGGCGCUGCCGGAUGGCACCAUGGUCAACCCGGUCAAACAAAGGGAUAGCGUCAACGGGGGGCGCAGUCGCAGGUAUGUGGUGUUUGACAACGGAACGCUGUACUUCAACCACGUCGGCAUGCCAGAAGAAGGCGAUUACACCUGCUACGCCGAGAACCAACUUGGCAAAGACGAGAUGAAGGUUCGAGUCAAGGUCAAGGCUGCAACUUCCCCGCCACGAAUCCAGGAUAAAGACCAAAAGAUGGUCAGGGUUUUCUACGGCGAGACCGUCACGCUGAGAUGUAACGCCAAAGGGGAGCCGACGCCAGUCAUCACGUGGAUAUCCCCGACGAACAGAGUGAUCUCGCCCGCAUUGGACAAAUACCAGAUCCUGGAUGACGGGACAUUGGUGGUUCAGAAGGUCCAGCGUUUCGAUGGAGGUAACUACACCUGCAUGUCCAGAAACAACGCAGGACAAGACCAUAAAGCCAUGAGGCUGGAGGUCCUCGUAACAUCUCCGGUGAUUAACGGCUUAACGGGAACCGCCAACGCCAUCAAGGUGACCGCAGUCCCGGAUCAGCGGAGGCUGGUGGACUGUGUGGCGAAGGGAACCCCCACCCCUCGCAUCAUGUGGGUUCUCCCAGGAAACGUGAUUCUUCCCGCACCGUACUACAGCAACAGAAUGACAGUUCACAAAAACGGUACCUUGGAAAUCCGGUCGGCCAAGAGGACGGACUCCGGGCGGCUGGCUUGUAUCGCUCGCAAUGAGGGAGGGGAGGUUAGGCUGGAGGUCAACUUGGAUGUGAGGGAGGUUGUCGAGAGGCUACAAAUUAGCGGUCCCAAAACAGAUAGCCUGUCGCUGACUGUGGGGAACGCCAUGACUUUGAAUUGCUCCUUUGAGGGCUCCACAGUACCUCACGUCACUUGGAUCUUACCCAACGGCACACCUUUGCAUAGCGGUGCUCGGUUCUCCAAGUUUUACCACCAGCCCGGCGGCUCUUUGGUCAUCAGCAACCCCUCUGUUGCCGAAGCCGGUAUGUACCGCUGUCUGGGGCGUAAUUCUCGAGGGCUCGUGGAGAGUAUAGUCACAUUGUCGCCGGGGAGAAAGCCAGAGAUCAACAACAGAUUCAACUCUCCAGUCAGCGUCGUGAAUGGGGAAAGACUUUUGCUCCAUUGUCUAACCAGUGGCGAACCUCUCAGACUGACAUGGACACUACCCAGUGGGGUUGUCCUCAACAGGCCACAGAGAGCUGGACGAUACGCUGUACUGCCGAAUGGGACGCUUGCCAUCCAACAAGUAUCAGUCUAUGAUCGCGGCUCCUACGUUUGCCGAGCUGCAAACGAGUACGGCAGCUCUCAGCUUCCCGUGUCAGUAAUUGUGAUUGCGUACCCGCCUCGAAUUACCAACGGCCCUCCCUCUAUGACUUACGCCAAACAUGGGGUUGCCGUUCAGUUGAACUGCGUAGCAACUGGGAUCCCAAGAGUGGAGGUAGCGUGGGAAACUCCUGAUAAAACCCGCUUAGCUGUCAGUGCACAGCCACGCCUUUUUGGAAACAAGUACCUCCAUCCACAAGGUUCCCUCAUCAUUCAGAACCCGACACAAAGAGACGCCGGCGUCUAUCGAUGCACGGCGAGGAACGCCAUCGGCGUAGACUCUAAAGCGACCGUUCUCAAUGUGUUCUGAGGAAUUUCACUGUUCAUAAUGGUCCAUUGCCAUACUGUAUGCCCAAGCAACUGCCUAGUUAAUAGCAACUAAUGUUUUUAAUGAUCCAAAUGUUGUAAAAACUGCUGUCACAAUGAUGAAAUAAUGAGUUUAUUAAAACCUGCAGUGGAG